UAUUAGAAAUUUACUAAAAGAAUUAUUACUAUUAAGUAUCUAUGUGAAAAUAAUUAUAUAAAAGAAUGGAUUCAAUAAGAUUUGGUUUAUUAACAGUUAGUGAUAGCUGUUAUAAACAUAAUAGUGAGGAUAAAAGUGGAUUUGAAAUAGAGCAAUGUAUUAAAGAUAAGAAUUCUGAUAUUGGAAAGAUUUUGAAAGGUGAAAUAUAUCAUAAAAGUAUUGUUCCAGAUAAAGAAUAUGUAAUAAAGGAAAAUCUAAUUUCUUGGAGUGAUAAUAGACAAGUAGAUGUCAUCUUAACAAUUGGUGGUACAGGAUUUUCUAAAAGAGAUGUGACUCCCGAAGCAACAAAAGAAAUUAUUCAUAAAGAAGCUUCUGGUAUAAUUACAGCUAUGCUAAUGUCUAAUUUAAAAAUUACUCCAAUGGCUAUGUUAUCUAGAGGUGUUAGUGGAAUACGAAAUAAAACAUUAAUUAUAAAUUUACCGGGAUCACCAAAAGCUGCAAAAGAAUGCUUAAGUGUAAUUGCACCUGCUAUACCACAUGCUGUUGAUUUGAUUAGAGAUAAUAAAGAAAAAAUAAAAAAUAUGCAUAAAAAUAUGCAAAAUAAUAUUGUAGAAAAACAAGAUAAAAUUUCAUCAUGUUUAACUAGUAUAGUUAAACGUAGUAGGGAAUCUUUAUAUCCAAUGAUUAGUGUGGAAGAAGCUUUACAGUUGAUUCAUAAACAUGUAGAACCUUUAAAUUCUAAUGGUAAAUCAGAAGAGGAUUUAGAAAAGAGUCAUAACAGAAUAUUGGAUGGUGAUUUAUAUUCUAAAUAUGAUUUACCACCGUUUAGAGCUUCUAUUAAAGAUGGUUAUGCAGUCUUAGCAAAUGAUGGAAAGGGCAAAAGAAGAGUAUUAAGUGGAAUAAAAGCUGGAGACACUGCUACUGCAAUUAAACUUAAAUCUGGUACAUGUGUAAGAGUAAAUACAGGUGCUCCAAUUCCAGAUGAUGCAACAGCAGUUAUUCAAGUUGAAGAUACUAAGCUUAUAAAAAGAACUUCAGAUAAUAUGGAAGAACAAGAAAUCGAAAUCAUGAAAGAAGUAAAAUCUGGACAAGAUAUUAGAUCUAUUGGUUGUGAUAUUAAAAAAGGGGAAUUAAUUUUAAAAUCAGGAACAAAAUUAGGAGCAGUAGAAUUAGGCCUUGCUGCUGCAUGUGGUUACAAAAAAUUAUUAGUUGUUGAUCUUCCAAAAAUUGGUGUGUUAUCUACAGGAGACGAAUUACAAAAUCCUGGAACUACUUUAUUGCCAGGACACAUAUAUGAUAGCAAUAAAAUUACAUUAUUAUCAAUAUUAAAGGAAAAUGGUUUUGAUGCUUUGGAUAUGGGUAUUGCAAUAGAUGAUGAGAAUAUUAUGAUAGACAAAAUUAACUAUAUUUUAACCCAAACUGAUGUACUUAUAACAUCAGGUUCUGUAUCAAUGGGUGAUAGAGAUAUAUUGAAGUCUAUUUUGCAACAUUAUUUCAAUGCUACUAUACAUUUCGGUCGUGUAAAUAUGAAACCCGGGAAACCGACUACUUUUGCAACAUGUUUUUUUCAAAACAGAAAAAAAUAUUUAUUAUGUUUACCGGGUAAUCCAGUUUCUGCAACUGUUACUAUGAAUUUAUUUGCAUUACCUUUACUGAAACAAUUAUGUAAAGAUUUUUCUAUACCUAUAAUUGUGAAAACGAAAUUAAUGUCAUCUUAUAAUUUGGAUCCACGUCCUGAGUAUGCAAGAGCAAUUUUAAAAUGGAGUAGUACGGAUAUUUUACCACUAGCUUAUAGUACUGGAGAUCAAAUUAGUAGUAAAUUACUUAAUUGCAAAAAUGCAAAUGCAUUAUUAAUGUUACCAGCGCGUACAACAGAAAAGACUAUAUUACAAGAAGGAGAUGUGGUACAAGCAAUGUUAUUAGGAUUUAUGGAAUAAAUAUAAUUAAAUGAAUAUAACAUUAAAUAGAAUUAAAACAAUUUUUUUGAAAAAUUUUAUCACUUUUUGUUUUAUUAAUAAAUUUGGGAAUAAUAUACAUAAUUAAUAUUUCUUAAAAGAAAUAUGUUUUAAAAUUUAUAUAUAUCUAUAUUUUAUUUAUUUUAUAAUUUUUGUAAUAAAACUAUUUUUUAAAUAUU